GUUCUGGCAGUCUAACGAGUGCAAGCUCGGGGCGGAGUGCACCUUUGCCCACGAGACUUCCGAGCUCCUUCCGAGCCCAAAGCCUUGCUUCCAGUUUUCCAAGACCGGCACCUGCAAGCGUGGGCAGGCAUGCAGGUUCGUUCAUUCGGAGAGCAUGAGCAUAAGUGGGAAAGCCAAACGUGUGCCGCAGCAAGCGGCCAGCGGAGAGAAUCUGCUUGGAGUUCCCUCCCCUGGCACCGGUGUGACGUCUUUUGCUCCCACGUGCAACCACACACCACGCCAGGGCAACUUGCUUUCCCCAUACCCUUCGUCCAUGAUGGGAUCGCUUCCCUACAUGGGCCCGCCGCCCGGACUCGAGAACAUGGGCCUCACGACAGGCCUUUGCACCGUGAAGUGGCUCGCGGACGGAGACUCCCCGCGCUCCAGUUUCAAUGAGAUCCCAUUGAGCUUGGAGCAUGACGCUCUGGCCAUCCCCAAGGCAGCAGACCCAGAUGACCAGGCUUCGACCACGUGCAUCAGCACCACGCCCUCCAACUUCAGUGAGGGAUUUCCUGAAGGCAUUUCUUUUUGGCUGUGA